UGCCAUGGAAGUUGGAACAAAGAAAAGCCCAAUCAACAAUCGAGAAAGACUAGCAAAAAGUAUUUUGUUUGCUUGCUAAGAAAAAAAUCCAAAUUCAAUCGAAAAAGGAAUAAAUUGAAGAAGAGCAGAAUCUCACACUUUGAUGAAUUGCAAACUCUUUCUUUGCCUUAUUAUUCAAUGAUAUGGAAAUGGAUGAAUUGAAACCUUCAACCAACGUUACUUCCGUCGUCAUCACCUUUCUCCUGCACUAUACGUCGUCGUUUCUAUCCCCUUUCUUCCUCCUACGACCAUGAUUAUACCCUUUAAACUUCUCUUUGGAUCUCAGCCGCAGAUCCAUCACAGCCUAUUCCACCUUUUCACUUGCUUCUUCAACCCUUAUGGACCCUUCUACCUCUCGACCAGCUGUAGUCAUUGACAAUGGAACCGGGUAUACAAAAAUCGGUUUUGCUGGAAAUGUGGAGCCAUGUUUCAUACUGCCUACAGUUGUUGCUUCUAACGAAUCAUUUGUUAAUCAGCCUCGAGCUUUGACUAAGACAAGCAACUGGCUAGCCCAGCACAGUGCAGGGGUUAUGGCGGAUCUUGAUUUCUUUAUUGGGGAUGAGGCUUUGAGCAGAUCUAAAUCUAAUAGCAAUUACAAUCUUAGUUAUCCUAUUGAACAUGGACAAGUUGAUAACUGGGAUUCAAUGGAGCGCUUCUGGCAGCACUGUAUAUUCAAUUACCUGCGUUGUGACCCUGAGGAUCACUAUUUUCUCUUGACUGAAAGCCCUAUGACUGCACCAGAGAACCGAGAAUAUACUGGUGAAAUUAUGUUUGAGACUUUCAAUGUUCCGGGACUUUAUAUAGCUGUGCAGCCGGUUCUUGCUUUGGCAGCUGGGUACACAGCAUCUAAGUGUGAGAUGACUGGAGUCGUAGUGGAUAUUGGAGAUGGUGCUACCCAUGUUGUACCUGUUGCUGAGGGUUAUGUUAUUGGGAGCAGCAUUAAGUCAAUUCCCGUUUCUGGGAAAGAUGUUACUCUCUUCGUUCAACAGCUCAUGAAGGAAAGGGGAGAACAUGUUCCAGCAGAAGAUUCCUUUGAAAUAGCACGAAAAGUGAAGGAAAUGCAUUGCUACACUUGUUCUGACAUUGUGAAGGAGUUCAAUAAGCAUGAUAAAGAGCCAGGGAAGUACAUCAAGCACUGGAGAGGUACAAAACCAAAGACAGGAGCACCUUAUUCAUGUGAUGUUGGCUAUGAGCGAUUUCUUGGUCCUGAGGUCUUCUUCAGUCCUGAGAUUUAUAAUAGUGAUUUUACGAGCCCUUUACCUGAGGUGAUUGACAAGUGUAUUCAGUCUGCACCAAUAGACACAAGAAGAGCUUUAUAUAAGAAUAUUGUUCUAUCUGGAGGAUCAACCAUGUUCAAAGAUUUCCAUAGAAGAUUGCAGCGAGAUCUCAAGAAGAUAGUGGAUGACCGCAUUCUUGCAUCAGAUGCUCGGUUAGGUGGAAAUGUCAAAGCACAACCAGUUGAAGUGAAUGUGGUCAGCAAUCCUAUCCAGAGAUAUGCUGUUUGGUUUGGAGGUUCUGUACUAGCUUCAACUCCUGAAUUUUUUGCGGCUUGCCAUACAAAGGCAGAAUACGAGGAAUAUGGAGCUAGCAUAUGCCGGACAAAUCCCGUAUUUAAGGGAAUGUAUUGAUAUUGAACCGACUCAAACUGAUAUUGUAAAGGCAUUUAUUGUCAAGAUGUGCACAUCCUAACAACCCGAUCCAUCCUUCCUUGGUGUCAGCUUCAAGCUUAAAUCCUACAUCCGCAGGCGCCUUCAGUUAUGUCAACCGAUUGGAGGCAGUGUAGGAUGGACCUGUAACAGAAUGGGGUUCUUGUACUUUUCUCCAUUAACAGCGGAUGAGUUCUGGUCUUGUGGGAAGUAGGCUUUCAUCAUCAGUAUUGGUUGGCACUGCAGACGGUUUCACAUAUAAGUUAGGGGACAUGUACUGAGCUGAAUGUUAUUUUCUGCGUGUUCAGCUCAGUCUAGGGAUUUACCAGUUUAUUUUAGUAAGAGGGCAGGAUAAUAAGCUUCAAACAAAUUCAGGUAGGUUUUCUUUAAUUGUUAUCAAAUGACCGAUGAGAUGACUAUUAGUGCUCUAUGUCAAAGAAUCAUGUAGAAGCUUGUUUUCUCAGUAGAUGCAUUCUGAACAUUAAAGCUAUACCUGUAUAUUUGGUUCGCUACUGAACCUUCAUUCUUUUUCUAGGAAUAGUAUUGUAACCUAGUUAUUUUGGUGCAAUUUAAUCUGCAUUUGUGCUUUUGUAAA